AUGGCUGAUGCUAAAUCCGAAAUCGACAGUGAUGCGGAACAGAACUAUUCGCUGAACAGCAAUGUCGAUCCGAAGAACAUGCAGGAGCUAACAAUAUACAACGUCCAGGACAAGUUCCAGACGAUGUCGGAUCAAAUCAUUUCACGCAUCGACGACAUGGGUACCAGGAUAGAUGACCUUGAGAAAAGUAUUGCCGAUCUGAUGCAGCAGGCUGGUGUCGAAGGGCAGGAUAAGUAG